CAAAGGGAAAUGAAAAUGAAUCUCCAAAUCCAAACUCAGUCUUUGUCGACACACUCCCUUCCACCCUUCCCUCCAAAACCCAAAUUCCUUCAAGCAAAACCCACACCCUCCUUCAAAUUAUGCUCCUCGCUCUCCACUGUUUCAGUCCCACCAACAAAAACCAGCCACAAGCCAUUUCCCGCCGAGAUUUCCAGGACCAUAAUGGAAUUGUCUUCUAUAGGGACCCUUUCCACUCUAGCUCAAGAUGGGUGGCCCUUGGGCGUUGGUGUAAGGUUUGCUGUCGAUGCUGAGGGCACCCCUGUUUUGUGCUUGCCUCAACCUUCUCCUGAUAACCGCUCCACCCUUCAUGUUCAGUUAGAUCAAUGUGGGUUACGGACUCCUCAGUGUACAAUACAGGGCAGUCUUACCAAACCAGCUGAUGCAACCAUUUUGAGGUGGUUUGAUUCAGUAUGGAAGAAGAGGUUUGGAGAAUCCGCUGAUGUAGACAAUCUAUAUACUGUUGACGUACAAAGAGUACUUCAAAUGGAAGACUUAAACGAGGAUGGUGUAUGGGUCACUUCAUCAGAUUAUAAAAAUGCAAAUCCUGAUCCACUGCGCAACUCUGCUGAAGAAAUUGUCAAUGAAAUUAAUACCAAUAACAGGGAAGAUGUCCACCGCUUUUGCAAUGUCUACGUUGAUUUGGACUUCCAGGUAUCAGAAGCAAAGAUGAUUUGGGUUGAUCGUCUUGGCUUCGACUUGCGAAUCUACUCUCCUCAGAAGGGUGUAUUUGAUGUUCGAAUUCCUUUUCCCCGGGAAGUAACCGAUGAGAAGGGUGCUAAAUCCUCAUUCAAUGGUAUGUCACAACUUGCAUGGGAGGUGGAGAAAAAUUUCCAUGCCCCUGACUUUGAGAAGGUGAAACAAUUAAAGAAAAUUGUUUACAGUGGAGGGCGAUAAGUUUGUUUUAGUCAUUGCUUGUGAAUCUGAUUUAGUUGGUGAUCCUCCAAUUUUGGGAACUGGAAAAAAAAAAUACACUUUCUUUUAGUGGAAUUAGGAGGUCAACAGAAGUGUCAUGAAUUGGUAAGUGAUUGUUCAUGACUCCAAGAAAUGGAAUAACAAAUUAUGUUAUGCUACAUAAGUGAUGCUAAUUUUAUUAUCUUCACUUUUAUUCGGAAGGUGGCACUUGUUUUGCAGUUUAUAUAAUAUGGAGUCUUGUAUUUCUUCAA